AUGGUGAUGCCGGCAUCGGAGCCGGCACCGGAGCCAGCUGCCGGUUACGGCCCCUGGAUGCAAGUGACCCGGAAAGGUAAAAAACAGAAUAGGAAAGUGGCGCAGAAACCGGCUUCAGUUCAGGGAACCGACCCAAACCAAGGUGCUAUUCAGGGAAAGACGACUGGAAAAGCUCCUCAAUCAGGGAAGGGGGAUCAAAUUAGAGCCGCGUCUGGAAAGAACGGAAAAGGAAAUAAUGUACAGAAAACAGAGGAAAGUAAGGGGAUUCUUAGUACCUCGAAGGGGAAAGGCAACGGUCCACCGAGCGGUAAAUCAGGUGCUAUAUCUCAAGAGUGGCGGAUUGCUGGUGGUAAAGGCCCGUCGGGAACAGCCCAAGCCCACACUACUAAAUCGGCCCCUAGCCAACUAGCUGGGAACAGCCCAACAACGCCGACCACGAGUCCUAAUCCAGGCCCAAGCUCAGAUGCCCUUCCCCAGGCGCAGCCAACCAUCCCGAUUCCCCUCCCCUUUCCAACACCGACCAAGGAGAACUCUGACCCCAACCUGUUGAGCGUUUCAAUUCGCGACCAUUAUCCUAAGAAGAAGUCACCGCAAGCACCAGGGAAGGAAGCUAAGAUGGGAAUCCAAAAGGAGUCAUCCAAGAAGUUGGUGAAUUGCUCCUCUAGCUUGGCCAAGGAUAAGCUGCAGGAAUUUGUGAAAAAAUCAGGGCUCCCGCUUGAUCCUCAAGCCAUUGCGGAUUUCAUGAUGAGCACCUCACGAAAGGCAGAGGACAUCCGGUCGCCGCUGAGUGAGCUCCAAAUUGUGCACGGGCGUGUUACCAAGGACACUUACAAAUAUAUUCUGGAAAACUUGGAUAAGAGGCUCUCAGGAUGGAAAAUUCGGAGUCUCUCGCUCGCAGGAAGGGUUACUUUAGCCCUGUCAGUCCUGAAUGCGCUCCCGAACUACGUGAUGCAAACAGCGGUUCUUCCCUGCCACAUAUGCGAUGUGAUUGAUAAAAAGAUCCGGAACUUCGUGUGGGGUGCAGAGGAAGGGCGCACUAAAAUCCACCUAGUGACUUGGGAGACUGUCUGUAAGCCGAAAGAGGAGGGUGGCUUAGGCCUUCGUUCAGCCCGCGCUCUUAAUCUGGCCUAUAUUAUGAAGCUCUGCUGGAAUUUUAUUACUGAUAAUAAUACCCUGUGGAUUAGAAUCUUGCAGGACAAGUACAUCAAGACUAACAGUGAUGGUACUAUCUCGAUGAGGCACCAGAGAGUCUCGAGAUUGUGGAAAGGAAUGUUGGAGGCUUUCCCUCUCGUGAAACAGGGGACCAUUUGGGACAUCCGGGAUGGUGAAAGCGUGAAGUUUUGGCUAGACUCGUGGGUGGCGGAUGGUGUGGUCCUGAAGGAUUAUGUGAUGGAUCAAGACCCCAGCAUGGACUGGGACAUCUCAGUUGCUGACAUGGCUGACGACUCAGGUAUCGACCCGCCCAGAAGGGACGCUGGAGAAGACCUGACGACAUGGGGGAUGGAGGCCGACGGGAAAUUUAGGAUAAAGUCAGCCUACACCGUGGCAGCAGACUGGCUCGGCAAGGAGGAUAAUGUUCCUGAUCAAGUCCAAGCUAGGCCCAAAUGGAAACAAAUCUGGAAAUGGGAUGGCCCCCAUCGCAUAAGGCAUUUCCUGUGGCUUGCUUUUCAUAACCGCCUAUUGACGAAUUGCGAGAGGAAGAGAAGGAAAUUCUGUCAUCAGGAUUCCUGUGAUACUUGCAAUUCAGCCCCGGAAUCGACUGAGCAUGUCCUCCGUCAAUGUGCUUAUGCUACACAGGUAUGGCAUGAUCUUGGGAUCUCGGAUAACAACCUGACUAUCGGCCUCAACCUUGCAGAUUGGAUGGCGGAGCACCUGAAGAAUGCGCAAACCGGACUGCUCUUCGGAGUCGGCGCCUGGUACCUCUGGAAAAGAAGAAACGAAUGGGUUUUCGAUCGUAAGCAGCAAGAUCCCUCGACUCUUGUCCAGAGAAUUAGGAGCUGGACCAGCACUGUUCGCAACGCCCAAGAUAACAAUGGAAAGAUCCACACGACACAGCGUGCGAAGACGUCGACUGAGAUUGCCUGGAAACCGCCACCUCCAGACUGGAUAGCGAUUAACACAGAUGGUUCAGUUAAGCAACCUGACUCUUUGGCAGCAGCGGGGGGCCUCCUUCGGGAUAACUCUGGUAGAUGUCUGGGGGCAUUUGCGUCCAACCUAGGAGCUUGCACUAUCACGAGGGCCGAGUUGCUGGGGGUUCUCCAAGGGCUCAAACUUGCUUGGCGGCUGGGCUAUCGCAAAGUUCAGGUGCGGACUGAUUCCACGACGGUUAUGUCCAUCUUGACUUCCCAUACGACGUACGAAGAUUUCAUUAAACAUGGAGCCGGAAUUAAAUGA